UCCUUCAGGUAGGAGGUCCUGGGUGACUUUGGGUGCCCGCAGAUACCGGGUGCAGGCCGUGUUAGGUUCGGUGUCGGCCAACUUUGUUCUCUCCUUCCGGAUCUGAAGCCUCUGCCGCAAACAUGAUCCGCCAUGCCAUCGGUCUGGCCAAGAAGCACCCCAGCUUGAUACCGCUGUUCAUAUUUAUGGGGACUGGAGGUACUGGAGCAGCACUGUAUGGCUUGCGGCUUGCAUUGUUUAAUCCAGACGUCAGUUGGGACAAAAAGAAUAACCCAGAACCAUGGAACAGAGUGGCCCCCAAUGAACAAUACAAGUUCUACUCAGUGAAUGUGGAUUACAGCAAACUGAAGAAAGAAGGCCCUGACUUCUAAAUAAAAUGUUUUCCUAUAAAGCUGCUUAGAAUGAAGGUCUUCCAGAAGCCAUCCGCACAAUUUUCCACUUAACCAGAAUAUAUUUCUUUCCUAAAGACAUGAAAUCAUGUUGGUAUCAUGUUGGGGUUUACACUGAAUAAUAAAUAAAUAAAUAUCUGAAACUUGA